UUUUCAAUUUCCCUAUGUUGCUUUAAACUUUUUUAUAUUUCCCUGUUGCUUUUAUGUUUUAUGUAGAGCACUUUGAAUUACCUUGUUGUUGAAAUGUGCUAUACAAAUAAACUUGCCUUGCCUUAUGUUGGGUCUGGCCCACUCUUUUCAUGGCCUGCUCUGCUUGGGCCCAGUUUGCAGUGAGGGUAGACCACUCCGUCAAGACCUUUAAGAUACUUUAAAUUGAAGGUCCAGGGAACUAUUCAGGGUGUCUACAAUAGUUUAACAGACCAUCCCCUUGUUCACACCCCCCUUCAAAGAAUUGAUUUUAAAAUACUGCUGUUGGUGUAUAAAGCACUAUAUGGUUUAGAACCAAAAUACAUUUCUGAUAUUUUAUGAACAAUCCAGACAACUCAGGUCCCCAGAGUCAAAACUAAACAUGGUUCAAUUUUUAUGCACCAUAUAUCUGGAACAAACUCCCAGAAAACAGCUGGUCUGCUGAAACUCAGAUCUUUUAAAUCAAGGCUAAAGAUAGCUGCAUUUUAUUAAAUCAAAUUUGAGGCUUUUGGUUAAUAUCUCACGCUGUUUUUAUUUUCUAUUUAAUUGCAAUUAAAGGUAUUUUUGUAUUGCCCUAUGUUGCUUUUGUUUUAUGUAAAGCACUUUGAAUUGCCUUGUUGUUGAAAUGUUCAAUUCAAAUAAAUUUGCCUUCUUGUACAUGAAAGGCUCCGGCACUAGGAUUUCUCUAGUGAGGAGAACAUCUUACCUCUGCAGGGGCUCUAGAUAGAUAUGGAAAACCAGUUAGAAAAGCUUCAACAUAUGCCCAGCUACAUAGCUACAGCCACAAAAUAUAGUUUAACUACCUGUCUUGUUAACUAAUCCUACCUCUAAUCAAAAGUGUUGAGAAUAGCCUAUUUGUUAGCUACAGUAGGCCAGUAGGCGAUUUGUUCAUUUUUUUAACAAAAUCACCUACUACUACUUAGUGUGGUCACCUAGCAUCAUCUUAAGUGCUGCUAGCAAUGCAUGAUAUCUCUAUGAACAAACAGGAAAUUGACUGCCUUUAAUAAUAUACAUAUAUAAACAUAUAUAUAUAUAUAUAUAUAUACAGAGAGAGAGAGAAUGGCAAUUACAAUAUAUAUAUAUAUAUAUACAGAGAGAGAGAGAAUGGCAAUUACAAUAUAUAUAUAUUAUAUAUAUUUUUUAUUAUUAUUUAAUUACGCAAAAUAGACAUUUCUUUUAACGCCGUAGCUGACCCUUCAACCGUUGCUGCUUUAAGUCCCUAAUAUUCCUCCAGAUUGAGUGAAUAUUUUCAGGUAGUUUGAGUCAAGCAGCUUUCAGGUGUUCUGCAGCCAAGACACCAUCAAACACAAUGGUCGAUCAGUUUGAAGAAUGACUCAGACAUUCAGCUGGGACUCACUCUCUCUCAAUCUCUUGCGCAAUCUCUCUCCACAGAUAAAGACUAAGAACAAACAUGCUGACAGUUUUUUGGGUGUAACCAGGGUUUGUUUUGGACUACAUCACAAUCUGUGAUUAACAGGACUGUUGGCUCACUAACCAAUCACAGUCCAGUCUGGCCCUUUAAUGUCCUGGUUAAAGAAAAUAAUGGAUGAAGUUAAACCAACUCCAUUACUCUCUAUAAUAGGACAUCUCAUUAUGAUGUAUCUCUCUGUCUGCUACCAACACAAACAAAGAAAAAAAAUUGAAGAACAUUUUUUAAUUUUCUUUAGGCUAAAGUGAGAAGAAACCAUUCAGUUCAGGUGUUAGGCAUCAGUCUGUAAAUCAGGCAGAAGGUCAGGCAGGCAGGUACAGGAAAAAAGGAAAUAGGGCUGGUAUAUGGUCUGAAAGGGCUGAUGAGGGAAAGUUGGAACAGGCGAGCAGGCGAAUGAGAGUCAAAUGACUGGGACAGGUGGAAAAGUCUGAGCGCAUCUGGUGGACAGGUAGAGAAUGGCAGUGAUUGGGAAGUGGGGAUGUGGCUGGAGGGAGGGACAGACACUCUGACAGUGUUGUUUGUAACUUCACUUUAGGACGACACAUUUGAUUGACAGGACUGUGCCUUACCAAAUGCUUACAGGUCACUGGAACCAUUUGGUAACCACUCCUACUUGCUAACUGGAGCUAACCUCUGUGGCUUGUUUACUUCUGCACGACAGCGUUCUGUGUGUGACGUUGUUUUAUUCUUCUGCGCAUGCGGGUCACUUUCAGGCCAUGGACAGUUCACACUGGGGAGUCUGAUAUUGUCCACAUUUAAACAAUAAUGUGAACUGUCAAACAAAAAAAUCAGAUCUGGGGGGAAAAAUUAGCAAAAUUUGAAUUAAACAUUAAGGCCUGCAGUGUGAACGACCGUAGCUAACGAAACCAACAUUGACUCUUGUCAAACAGACUACUGUCUCAAAUCAAAGACUUACAAAAGAUAACAACUUCUGUCACCUUAUCACCUGCUGCAGGUCUGUCCAGCCUGGAAGAAGGAUGCCUUAACUGUUGCACUUUAUGAGGUUUCUUCAUUUUUUCACCAUCAAAGGGUUUUCCUUGAUCUGAAUUGAGAGUCUAAGGGUACAGGGUGUCCUGUGAUUUAAGGACUGUAAAGCCCUGUGAGAGACACCUCUGAUUAUAGGCUGUAAAAAUAAAACUGACUUGACUUGUUAUAUUGGUACAGACAACUAAAUGAGAUGAUUAACUCAGCAGCAGCUCAACAGGAAACGUCUUUUUUUCCUUGCAGAACUGUGAAAUGUUUUAGAAAUUCACAGCUGUUAUAGGGCCUGAAUCCCUGCUCCAUCAUUGUUUGCACCGUUUUUAACAUCUCCUCAGGCUCUCUCUCUCUCUCUGACUCAGAUGGAGUGGAUGGAUGGAUCCAGUCUCGUCUCUCGUCUCUGUGUGCAGCUUAAUUGAUCCAACUGCCUUCGCUUGGCUGGCUGAUUAAUUGCGCUCUCAGCCUGUGUUUCAGGUUUGAGAUGAGACUGAGGGAGAGGAGAGGGAGUGAGGGCGUUGUGAUGAAGAAGAGUCUGACAACAUAGUGCAACCAGAGAACAGAGAAAGUUGGUGCAGUAAAUGGAGUUCAGGAACUCCAUUAUGAGUGUGAUUACAGCUCUGUAUGAUAAAAUGUCUCAGAAUGGAAUCAGCAGUGACAGGCAGCUCCUGUUUUUUUUUUUGUUUAACUUUGUGCAAAGUGUUGAUGGCAUUGGGAGAACGAGCAGUGUGACUCACAAAUAAUACAUGAUAAAAACAAGCCGAUGAAAGUAGAAUUUAAAUGCAUUUGCUCUUCUAUCUAAAGUUGAUUUCAUGAGGACUUUUAUAAAGAGGUUGAUUCAGUGAACACUGACAUCACUUUGUAGAGUGUUUGUCAUUCAGCAUUUUCACACAUACAGUACACACAUGUAUGUAGGGGAGACCGGGGUCGGUGGUUAUAACCAGCAGCAAAUGAAAGAUUACGCUCUCAGCUAUAAAUAUGUUUCAAUGUUUCAGUGUCUAAAAUUAGGUGAUUUGUGAUUAAGGUUCAGGGUUUGUCGGCACAAUGUUAAAAUACCAUAGUUAGAAAGAAAUGAAGCAACAAUUGAAACUAUUUGAACAUUUAAUUCUAACAAGAACCAGAAAACAUGAACAAUUAAUAGGAUGUCUGUACAUUUUUAAAACCCAACAAAAUUUUAAAGCAAUUCAUCAGGAGGACUUACAGUACUUAGUAAGAAUGUACUUGUGCCAUUGACCACUCAGCAUAAAUAACUCACAAUAUAAACAUUUGAUUUGAUAGCCUUUAUUUUCCCUGAGGGACAAUUUGUAAAUGCUCCGUAAUGGUAUGCAAACAUCAGUAACAAAUAAAUAAAUAGAAGACAAACGGUCCAUUAGUCCUGUAUUAGAUUAUACGUGGAACAGCAACUAGUCCUACAGUCAUUUAAACAGAUGACAGAACAAAUGAUCUUAGAUAUUGGUUUGAUUUGGCUGUCCUAGGGAAGUGUACCUCCUCCCUGAUGACAGAAGUCAAAACUCUGCAACAAGAGGGUGUUGAGGGUCUGUCAGAAUGGCCUAAAUUAAAUGUUUUUACUCUUUCAAAAUGCCCCAACAAAAUAUACAGUUUUAAGUUUAUGAACAAAAAAACACUUGUCAUUAAAAAAGCAGUUUUCAUUAUUCAACAUUUCUGUUGAAAAAGAAUUAAAUUUGAGUAAAACUAUUUAAAUGUGACACUAAUAGGGCUGGGCGCUAUAUCGGUGUAAAGUAAAUACCAAUAUAAUUUCAAAAUAGCUAUGAAAUUAGAUAAUACCGUUUAUACCAAUAUAGUUUGAUGUUGAGUUAAUGUUUCCGUAAAGUCUUGCCAGCGUUUGCUCCUCUCUCUCUCUCCCUCACCGCGCAGCCCCACCCUGUCCCCCCCAGCCGUCUACUCACAAAGUCUCUGACAACAUGGAGGGAGACACAGUGCUGACUUGUAAAAAGAAAAACACGGUUCAUUCAGUGUUUCCCACACAUACACUUUACUUUGUUGGGAAACACAAAAUCAGAGAAACACAGUGAUUACGUUACGAGUUUCGACACUGUGGAUAUUUUACAAGAGCGGACCAGCUAAAGUGACAGUGAACACACCAGUCAGAUGUUAUUCGUUAGCUACCACGUUGGUUUUGUUUUGAUAGGCUACGUCAUCAACAUGCCUCCUCUACAUGCAGCUCAGCUGCUUCUGUGAACGGAAUCACCGGUGGAAAUGUCCAGAAGACAAGUCCUGUUUCUUUCGGUGACUUUAAACAGCCUAGCCUACUACUGAUGGAGAAAGUCACCGAAGUGGACAUACAGGGAGAGAGAGACAGUAACUAAACUAAACAGGUUAGUCUGCAGACCAACCACCCGGAGGCUCAACUGGCAAAUGUGAAUGCAGUGCGCCGACGUGACGGCCCGCAGAAGAAAAGGAUUGGGCAACACUGGCAAAGGCAAGGGAGCAGCGGCCGCCCGGCAACCCACAAAAUGGAGGAAUGUGGGAGAUGCGGCAAGCCACAGCACUCAGAAAGCUUUGAAGGAGGUUACAGAAAAAGAGAAGCAGCCAUAUUUCCUGGGAUUAAUUAGCAAAGAGACUAAUAGUCGGGAUGACUGGACUGUAAACCUAGAAAUAUGUAAAAACCUGAUCACCUUCAAAAUAGACACGGAUGCCGAUGCCACAGUUAUUGAUCUAGGGACAUUCAAAAAGAUGAAACCUAAAAUAAGACUGACACCGCCCGACACCCACUUCAUAAGCCCAGGGGGGGACCUCCGCUGCAUGGGGCUGUUCCAAGCCACCACCAAAUAUAAAGAGAAACAGUAUUCCUUCACUGUGUAUGUGAUUAGGGGGAGAGGCAACUGCCUGCUGAGCCGCCCUGAGGCUGUAGACAUGGGUCUAGUGAAGAGGGUGCACGAGAUCAGUGGAGUUUUCGGAUCAAGUGGGUUACUGAAAACCGAGCCAGUGAGAAUAAUACUACAGGAUGACGCCCAGCCAUACGCAGUGCAUACAGCCAGACGGAUACACCUGCCACUCGUUCCUCUGGUAAAGAAAGAACUGCAGCGCAUGGUAAGUGAAGGCAUCAUAGAAAAGGUAACGCAGCCAACAGAAUGGUGCGCUGCUAUGGUGCCAGUACUCAAACCCAACAAAAAGGAGGUUCGUUGCUGCGCUGACCUCAGGAAGCUGAAUCGAGCAGUGAAACGUGAAAAGUAUGUCCUGCCCACUGCCGAGGAAAUAAUGCCUAGGCUGGCCGGGUCGAAGGUUUUUACCUCAUUAGACGCAGCCAGUGGCUUCUAUCAGAUUCCUCUGCACGAGGACAGCAAAAGACUUACAACCUUUAUCACCCCAUUUGGGAGAUACGUCUUUCGCCGUCUCCCAUUCGGGAUCACAAGCGCUCCAGAGAUGUUCCAACGGAAGAUGGCUGAAACCUUGGCAGGGCUUGAGGGGGUUGAGAUCUACAUGGAUGACAUCCUCAUCCACGGAGACUGAGGAGAUCCAUGACCAGCGCUUGGCAAAGGCACUGAAGGUCAUAGAGGCAGCAGGUCUUAAGUUGAACAAGCACAAAUGUAAAUUCAAACAGACACAAGUUCGCUUCCUUGGACAUGUCAUCGAUGAGACAGGCGUCAGACCCGACCCAGACAAAAGUGACAGGGAUAGAAAACUUUCCCCAGUCGCACAACGUUGUGGAACUCAGGAGGUUCUUAGGAAUGGUGAAUUAUCUGGCUAGGUAUGUCCCUGAGCUGUCCACCGUGGGUCAGCCGCUCUACGAACUGUUAAGAGGAAAAGUAGAGUGGUUGUGUGGGCCUGCACAGCACACAGCUUUCCAAAAGCUCAAAACCCUACUUGCCACCGCCCCGGUUCUAAUCUUCUAUGACGCUAACAAGCCUACUGUAGUGUCUGCAGACGCCAGCAGCUACGGGCUGGGGGGCGUCCUACUUCAGCAGCAUGGAGACCAGUGGAAACCUGUGGCCUAUGUGUCCAGACGUCUGAGUGAUGCAGAGAUCAGGUACGCACAAAUAGAAAAAGAGUGUCUAGCCAGUGUAUGGGCAUGUGAAAGAUUCGAUAAAUAUCUGUUCGGACUCGACAACUUCAGAGUAAUCACUGAUCAUAAACCGCUAGUGCCCCUCAUGAACAGAAGGGACUUGGACAAUGUUCCCAUCAGGUGCCAGAGGUUAUUGAUGAGACUCAUGCGUUUCAAUGCCAUAGCAGAAUAUGCAUCAGGCAAAACGCUGGCAGUGGCUGAUGCUCUCUCCAGGGGCCCAGAGCAGUACUGUGGAGAUGGGGCUACUCAAGAAGACGUGGUAGCACAUGUUGACGCCGUCAUAUAUCAGGUGCCAGCCACUCCCCAGAAGAUGGAAGAAAUAAAACAAAGCACAGCUGAUGAUCCACAGCUUCAGACAGUUUUGAGCUUCAUUAGCCUGAGUACACAGGUAAAGUACCUGAGCCAAUCAGAGACUUCUACCAGGUGAGAGGAGAGCUAUCCGAGCUAGACGGCUUAGUAGUCAGAGGGAACCGCAUAGUCAUUCCCACAGAUAUGAGAGAGACGAUUUUAGAGAGAAUCCAUGACAGGCACCAGGGUCUAGUCAAGUGCAGAGAAAGAGCUAAUCAAGCUGUUUGGUGGCCCAAAUUGUCAGGUGAUAUCACUGUCAAAGUGCAGCACUGUACAUACUGCAUAGAAAAGAGAAACACGCAGAGGAAAGAGCCAUUGAUAUCAAGUGAGCUCCCGUCAAGACCAUGGCAGAAAGUUGCAAUAGACCUUUGUGAGUUUAAAAAGCGAAAUUAUCUGGUAGUGUCAAAAUUAUCUGUUAGUGUCUGACUACUACGCACGAUUCUACAUCUUCCAACAACCACUAGCAGUCAGGUAGUUGAUAGGCUGAAAGCUACUUUUGCACGUUAUGGCAUCCCAGAAGUGAGCAGAGAUGAGGAAGUUUAGUAGGGAAUUUGACUUUCUCCACGUUACGUCAAGCCCACAUUAUCCUCAGAGCAACGGGCAUGCAGAGAGGGCUGUCCAGAUCGCCAAAGGAAUUCUUCGACAGGAAGACACCCUCCUUGCCCUCAUGACAUACAGAGCCACACCCUUCUCUUCUACAGGCUCCAGUCCAGCAGAGCUGUUGAUGGGCAGGAGACUUAGGACUACCUUGACCAUGCUGCAUGACAAUUUGAAACCCAGCUGGCCUGACAUGGACGUAUACCGGCAGGCUGACGCUGCAGCCAAGCAGAAGCAGGCAUACUUCUACAACCACCAAAAUGGAGUGAGGAGUCUACCACCGCUGAGCCCACGGGACACAGUGCUCACGAAGUUGAGUGGACACACACAAUGGACUACACCAGCUGUUGUUCACAGCUCGAGCUCCACUCCCAGAUUUUACAUAGUGGAGACACCACAAGCGCUUCUGAACGGCGAUGUCAGCGUGGCAAUCAACUGUGCUAAACGCGUCGUGAGGGAUCCCAACGGCAUCGGAGCCUGGUAAGAUCUGAUCAUCAGCUCCUUCUAAAAGCAGAUUAAGGACAGGACUAUACUACACCAAAAAGGUACAUUCAUGAUUGUGUCAGCAAAAAUGUUUUUUAUCUUCUAGAUUUUCUAUUUUUUUUUUCUGAUGGGUGGUCUUACACCCUCCUGUGCUUGCAAGGUAGUUGGAGGAGGGCACAUAGUAACGUUAUAGAGGAUAAAGAGGCAGCUCUGACUGUGGCACGAAGGGAAAUAACCACUAAACCUAGGCUGAGGGAUUUUUUACUUGGGUGAGCUCAAGACUUUCUCAGCACCCCUGAUUCCCAGCCUGCUUCCUGACCUGCUUACCUAACAUUCCCUGUUCACCUGUUUCCACUCUCUCAUCAGCCCUGCAGUACUUAACCAGUACUUUUCCAGUUACUCCUUGCCAGAUCAUCCUAUGUUAGUUGUUGUGUGUUUCUAUCACACCUAGUCUAAAUGUGGAACAAGUUACAGGAUCUGACUGCAGACUCCCUAGGCACAGCACGUGCUGUUCAGCGAUUUAUUUAAACCACAUCAAGGGCAAACGCCUACACAGUACUGAUAAGACAGGCAGGGCUCACAACCAAACAAAUCUAAAGUCCAAAGACAGGCACAGUCCAAGGGAAACACUGGGAAACAACAAACUAGGAGGACAUGAACCGAAUGACACUGACAAUAUGGCACUACACAAAGGUAAGGCCGGGGUGGCUGUGGCUCAGGAGGUAGAGCAGGUUGGCCGUUAAUCAGAAGGUGGUUCAAUCCCGACCCCCCCAGGCUGGAUGUUGAAGUGUCCUUGGGCAAAAUACUUAACCUCCGAAUUGCCCCUGUUGGCUGUUCCGCCAGGGUAUGAAUGUGUUUGAAUGGUGGAUGUAGUGUAAAAGUGGUUUGAGUGGUCGAAAAGACUAGAAAGGCGCUAUACAAAUCCGGAGCAUUUACAUUUAAGGUGAGAAUUAAGGUAAAACAGGAAACACAGGACAAACAUAAUCAAAUACAGAGGACAUGCAAACAUACACACUGGAAGUAAAAUACACCAAAACAAGAUGAAGGGGAACGAAUUAAUAAAUGCCAAAAGGAUAAACACAGUACAGAGAACUGGAAAACACAGACAGGAAACGGAAGUUCACAAAGACCCAUGAAGAAAGGUUUAACAAGAUAAAAGUGGAAAGAAUAACACAUAGGCCUAACGCCAAAACCAUGACAGCAUAUGGUCUUGGUUGCCUGUUUCUGUCUGCCUUCCCUGCGUGUUUUGGACCUUAUUGCCUGACCAUUAGAAUUUAGAUUCUUGCCUGCUCUUUGUCAUACUUGUUUGCUUCACACUAUUGCACUGAUUAACAGUUGUUAACAUGCAAGAAACACAGUAAAGACAUCACCAAGAUCUCCUUUUUCCACUUAAAGCAACAUAGCUAAAAUGAGGUAUUUUAUGUUUCUAGAUCUUAAUUCAGGCCUUUGUUUCAUCUAGAUUCGUUCACUGUUAACAAUUAUAGUCUGGCCUACAGCUUACAGAAAAGUUGAUCAUAUCUCACCAAUUUUAGCUUCCCUUCAGUGGCUCCCUAUCAAUGUUAGAUCAGACUUUAAGGUGCUUCAGAUGACUUAUAAAACUGUAAAUGGGCUCGCCCCUUCAUACCUGUCUGACUUCCUUAAACCUUAUGUCCCAUCCUAUGCUCUCUCAGAAUACUGGCCUCCUGUCUGAGACCCAGAGUUAUAGAGAAGUCAGCUGGCUGCAGGGCCUUUUUCUAUCGUGCCCCCUUCCUCUGGAAUAACCUACCUCCCUGUUGACAUCAAACAGCAUGACUCUGUUGAGGUCUUUAAAUCUCAGCUGCAAGCUAAUCUAUUCGCUUUAACUUUAAAUAAUUACUUACUUGCCAUAUUUCAGGCCUCGUACCUGUUCUUACUGUACUUCCAGCGGGUCUGUCUUAAUGAAUCUCAUUAACAUAGUAAUAUGGUAUAUAUAUAUAGUCCAUGUCUGUCCUGCCAACUGCAAAUUUCUUUGAUAUUUACUGAAUUUCUGACCCCCCCUCCCUGUAUCUGUGGUGGAGAGGAGGUGG